AUGCUCUUCAAGGCACUAAGCCUGUGGCUUCUAGCGCCCGUCGUCACCGCUUUGGUCGCCAAGCAGCCCGUCGACAGAACCCUUGCCAAGAGAGACUACAUCUCGAACAACUGGUGCGGCCAGGUCCUCUACGGCAGCGACUUCCGGGACGUGUCCGCGACCUGGGUAGUCCCGACGGCCUCGCCGCUGUCAUCCCAGUACUCGGAGCAGCCGCUCUACAACUAUCAGUGGGUUGGUAUUGACGGAGCCACCGCCAACUGCCAGGCGAUUCUUCAAGCCGGAACCUAUGCUAGGUUGCAAGACAACCGCCUCACUUAUGGAUUCUGGUACGAGUUCUACCCCAACGAUUCUUGGCUUAUGAAUGACCCUCUCGUUCGCCCCGGCGACACCGUCUUCGUGCAAGUCAAGGCCUACAACACCACCUCCGGCUACGCAUACAUGGAGAACCGCUCCACAGGCCAGCACGUCACCGUCCCCCUUGACGCGCCCGCCGGCUCCUCCCUGUGCGGCCGGACGGCCGAGUGGAUCCAGGAGAACGCCAGCGGCAGCCCGCGCGGCCUUGCUCCCUUCAGCACAUUUUCCUUCACCGGCGCCUCGGCGAUCGACGCCAGCGGCAACCAGCCGACAAUCGAGGGCUCGGAGAAGUGGUUCAUGACGCCGCGCGGCACCAACAACGCCGUGUGCUACCCGUCCAACGUUGGCAGGGACUCGGUCCAGAUCAACUACAGCGGACCGACCGCUUGA